CACUUUCUGCUCGUUUCGUUCGUUCAAUCAGUGAAGAAAAAAUCGAAAUUUUCGCGUUCAGGUAAAACGGAUAUGCCUAGUGCUUGCUUAAAUUCCAGUAAUUAGUGGACAGUGAUCAUAUUCAAGUAAUUAUUGUGCGACAAUUAAAUGCUUCAAUUGUGCGUAUCUUAUGAUAAAGUUUUUUGGCGAUUAGGUAUGAAAGUUGGCAAAACAAUAGCUUUGUGGUGAUGGAUUGAGUUUGUUUUGCGCGAGGUCGCAGUUUUUUCCACUGAUAGUGGUUGCAGCGAGGAACAAGAGAUUUCGAAAAUUUUAGUGGAAAUCAUUAGUUCGCUUUAAAUAUGUAUCAAAGCGCCUGCAGUGCUGCUGCUGGUGGCUGCUCGGAACCAGAACGAACCGAUCGGGAUGGGCUGAUAUCGCAUGAAUCCGCUGUUGCUCCAGUGGAACAUGAUUACAGUGGCUUCGAUAUUGUGAAGGCUACUCAGUACGGUGCCAUCGGAAGAGUGAAGGAACUGAUCGAAGCAGGAUGGGACGUAAAUCAACCGGAUAGUGAGACGGUCACACUGCUUCAUUGGGCAGCCAUUAACAACCGGAAAGACAUAAUCAAAUAUUUUCUGGACAAAGGUGCGAUUGUUGAUGCGGUUGGGGGAGAAUUGAAUGCGACACCUUUGCACUGGGCCACUAGACAGGGACAUUUGGGGGCUGUUGUGUUGCUGCUGGCAGCUGGAGCAGAUCCAAGUUUAAGAGACGCAGAGGGUUGCUCCUGUAUACAUUUGGCCGCACAGUUCGGUCACACGGCACUAGUUGCAUACUUUAUUGCCCGCGGUGUAAAUCCAGACCUGCAGGAUCGGGGUGGAAUGACUGCACUUAUGUGGGCAGCUUGGAAAAUUUCUGCCUUGGAUCCGGUCCGACUUCUACUAACACUGGGCGCAAAUCCGAGUCUCGCAGAUCACACCCACGGAAACACAGCCUUGCAUUGGGCAAUUCUGGCCCGCAAUGCCACGGCCGUCAGUACACUUAUGUUGAAGGGUAAAUCAAGCCUUGAAGUUCCUAACCUUCGAGGUGAUACUCCGCUCACCAUGCUGCAGCCGCACCUGGGUUCCAUCUGGAUCGGUUCCAAAGUUUCGGAGAAAGUCCGUGAAUUGACCCAACAAUCUCAGCGCCGAAAUCUACUUGUGCGUUUUACCUUGGAUAAGCGUUUCCGCUGGUGGAGUAUGAUCGCUACGCCGUUCCUGGUGUUCUACUUGGCUGGGCUAAUAUUCUGUGCCGAGACGCUAAUCAUCAUCAAAGUAUUCCUACUCGGUUGCUUGUACGCCGUUUCACACACCGUCGGACAGACCUUAUUCGAUGAAACGCUGAUGGCAUUGCUUCCGCUCAGCGUUUACAUGGCCACCAAGGCGUGGUUCUACGUCACUUGGUUGACCUAUAUUGCACCGACGGUGUCCUUCCUGGCUUCGGUUUCGUUCCUGACCUGCAGUGGUGUACUUUGGGUGUGCUUCCUGAAAUCAUGGCGAGGUGAUCCGGGCGUUAUUCAGCCGACCCAGGAACAGCGAUUCAGGACCAUAAUCGAACUAUCGGAACGCGGCGGUGGAGGCUUUGAACCGUCUGCAUUCUGCUCAGCCUGUUUGGUACGUCGUCCGGUUCGCUCGAAACACUGCUCGGUGUGCGAUCGGUGUGUGGCACGUUUCGACCACCACUGUCCUUGGGUAGGAAAUUGCAUUGGCGCCAAAAAUCAUAAAUACUUUAUGGGAUUCCUCUGGAUGCUGAUGAUCAUGUGCUGCUGGAUGCUGUAUGGAGGAGCCAACUUUUACGUCCAGGCUUGCAACGUCAACAUGGAUGAAGGUUUGUGGAACGCGAUGGUGGCCAUCGGUUCAUGCAAUCCGUGGGUAGGUUGGGUGACGGCCAAUGCACUACUGCACAUGUCCUGGGUGACUGUUUUGACCAUCUGUCAAACCUACCAGGUCGUUUGUCUGGGUAUGACAACGAACGAACGAAUGAACCGGGGCCGCUAUCGACACUUCCAGGCGAAGGGCGGCAAAAGUCCUUUCUCUCGAGGUCCGAUUCGCAAUCUGGUUGACUUUAUGGAGUGCAGUUGCUUUGGGUUGGUGCAGCCGCAGCAAACCGAUUGGAUGCAGUAUUUUGAUUUCGAUAAACACGUGGAGCACGAACCACUGUUACGGCCGGAUAACUUUCAGUACGUCUGAGCGGAAACGACGGCAAAAAGUUGUGAAAAAACGAGCGAAUCCGGACUCGAUAUUGGGACAGGAAUUGGAACAGGAACUCAAACGGCAUGUGAUCGAAGGGAUGCUCCGGAACGGACUGAAGAGCAAACUGAUCUAGCGGUGGUUGUUUAGAAGUCGAAUUUUGGCGCAGUAAAUCAUCCGGUUUGGUUUGUGCGAUGUUUAUUCUAUUUUUAAUUAGUUGAUCGCAGGCAAUCGGCUAGUGCUGGGAGUGUUUGAAGCCAUCCUUGUAAGUAUUUGGCUUCCGCUUUAAAGUUAUUUAAAUAGAAAGUGAAAUUGCUUUAGCUAUACGGCAAAGGGUAAAACCGAAAAAUGUGCUUAACGAGUGUAGAACUGUAAAAGAUUGAAAAAAGAAAGAAGAGAAAGUUAAACAAGAAAAAGACACAAAAUAUAUAUUUGGUAUAUAUACAACAAAUGUUAGGGAAAGCAGUUAAGCAAUAGAACUACAACUAUUAUAUCCCGUUAGAUAGAGAGUAAACGUUUCCAAAAACUAGCUUUUACGACAGAUUAAGCAUUGUGCGCCCUUUCAUUUAAUUUGUCAAGUAACACUACCUAUCAAAUGUUUAGGAUUAAUAAGCUGUUAGUAAAACUUCUAAUUGUGUACAUAAUGCUCCUGAAGUAAACAUUUUACGUAAGAUCAACCAUAUUUGGUUGUUAUUAAGAAUAAUGGUAUUUGAAGUAUAAAUGACAGUCAGUUUUCUUACUAA